AUGUCCUCCUGUAACGCGAAUUUGUCCGGUGUCGCUGCGGAAUACAUAUCCUCGAACAUCCAUCGCCUCGAGGUAGCCACCGGUUGUUUUGUUUGCUUACAAUGUGACGCAACCGAGUGGAGGGGUUCUUGGAAUCCCGAGUGCUUCGUUGCUCAUGUGGAUAAAGCACAUCCCGGUUCUGAGUCACUCUCUUGUGUGUUUUGCGGCUUGGAUUGGCCUACAGACCGCUUUGUUUCCCAUGUAGCAGGCCACUUUGCUGCUUGUGAUUCUCGAUCGACGUAUCUUUAUCCCUGUCCGGUACCAACACAUUCCUCCGUCUGCCCCUUUCAAACCAAUAAUGUCCACUGUCUCAGGGUUCAUCUUCUCUCCGCGCAUCGAGGAGAGCAGGUGAUCUACAGGUGUUUUCAUUGCUCAAAAAGGGAGAAGUCUCUGGAAUCUUGGGUAUCUCAUGUAUCAGCGCAUGCCUUACGGAUCUAUCAUUGUGUGGUGAACGGGUGCCAUGUCAAAUCACCGUCCAAAGAAUUUCUUAUUGAUCACAUCAAGCGAUCGCACGACAAUAAUCCCGUCAGUUUGAUGCGUGAGAGCUUGGAGUUCAUCUGCGCAUACGAGGGACACGUGCCCUCCUUCUUGCGUUCUUUCCUCUUUGAAAAACCCGUGCAACCUCAAGUCCUAACUUCAAGUGAGUCAACUUCGACCCCGCCUGCCAUCUCCUCCAUCGCCUCGACGACGACGUCGAGGAAACCUACUGAGUGCGUGUCCCCUUGCCUCCGUUGUCCUAAGUGUCAGGUAGCCACGGCUAACUGGUCGCGUUUCCAGACUCACUUAAGCUUCUGCAUCGACACUAGCAUCUCCUAUCAUCUCUACUGGUGUCCUUCUUGCUCCACCGUCUCCACAGAGAAGGGCCUCAUUGAAGAGCAUGCUCUGGCGGUGCAUGAUACACAGGCAUCCGUGAUUGUCGAAAAUUGCUGCAAAACCAAUAUUACACUAAAGGAAUCGGAUGGAUGCGAAAAACCUCCCGAUCUUGAUGCCACACUUCUUAGUGGAGUCGAUCCAUUGGCAUCUCAAAAUCCGCCACCGGAUAGUGUUUUUUCAGCUUUUUCUAGCCUUCUCCCCCCCUCACAUUCAAAUGCACAAACUGAUGCUGGUACUGCUAUUGCUCCGUUAGUCAAGACAGAGAUGCCCAGUCCGAAGGCAUCCGGGGCGGAUAACUCUCUAUUUACUAACAACAUAUUUUUAACACCCUCCAAUUUACAAGCCGUUGCGGCCAUGGCGGCUGCCCUUACUGGCCUUGCCAUGAACAACCCGCAGCCACCACCUCCUAUCGAAGUCGUUGAGAAUGACGCUGCAGAGGUGGGUACAGACACAGAAUUGCACUCUAAUGGCUUCGACGAGGCUCCUAAUACACCAACCUCCUCAACAACAACCGCAGAGGAGGUGAUCCGUACUGGGCGGACAGGGGAGGAGGAAUUGGUCUCCUUUCCAUUCGAUGAAGUGCAGUUUCGCAGCGAAUUAGCUGGCCAACUCUCAGCUGAAGUCAUUGGUCAGUUGGCGGAAAAGAUGCACAAAUUUUCUUCCUACGUGAUUCGAAUUCUUGGGAAGGAAAAUCAUCGUCGUGUACCACAGUGUCCCGAAUGUGAUAGAGUCUUUUCCUAUGGGCUACCAGAUUUCAAGCGACAUUUGCUAGUCAUUCAUUUGGGUGCACCAAGGGAGCAUUUGAAGGACCUCCUGCGGUUUGUGCGUUUCCCUAAGAUGGAGACUGCUUUCUCCGACAAGCAGGAGCAAGCGGCGAUGAGACGGAUGCGGCCAAAGGAAAUCGAGCCGGGUGUUCGAAAAAUUCCUCUUCCUUAUUCCAUCAACAUUUUGAGACGUCUUACAGAAGGCCUUCCUGAGAGUACGCGUGAAUACAUAGCUACAAAAAUGCGUACGUAUAGUACAAUGUCGGCUAUUUACGAACUCAAAGCGGGUCUUAAGCGGUACAAGUGCGGCCACUGUUACUAUUCCUCUCCACAUGCCUUGGCAGAUGUACGCAAGCAUAUUUUGGGCUCCCACUGCGGUAUUUCGACAAAACACUUUCGGUUCUGUUUGCAGGCUUCACGUUUGGAUCACGUUGACUUCUGCCUUUUGUCUGAUGAGAAAUUGGCAAGAUUAGCCCAGGAAUUUCUUACGCGACGACAAGUAGAGUCCGCUGAGAGUGAAGCAAGCAGCAGUGGAACUAGCAACAAACGUCCACAUAGUCGUACACCAUCUCCAGAAGCUCCAUUAGUUACUCCACGGGAACCAGAUGAAAACGGGAUCUCUAGGUUUACAACAAUGAUUCCUGGCUCAAAAAACCCUGUCAAGGUGCGCAUUCGGGGACCCGUCCCACCAGGAGAAAAUGCAACAUCUCCAUCGUCGAACUCUUUCUUGAAUGCUUCUGGUUCAGUUAACAGUGCAUCACUUGAGCUUUCAGACCUGCCUAAGAUACCAGGUUUAGAAGGUGCGAAUCAGAUUUUAGAUCUUCCUUUACCAUAUUCUGAACCCGUUCUUCGCCAGCUAUUAGAAAAUGCGGGUGCACUCCCACAUCAAGUCGAAGAGAUGUGUAACAAGAUGCAGGUGUACAGUUCCAAGACAAUGACCCGUAUAUGCCAGGGUGAUCGGACAUUGGCCUUUCGAUGCUCUUGUGGACGACUUUUUGUGACUACGCGUCAGCCAGAUAGCAAGAUGCGAGCCGCAACCCUAGCUGACAGCCGACGCCAUGUAAUGGGAGUGCACGCAAGAAUUCCUCACGAAUACAUUACAAUUUGUUGUCAAGCCUCAAGAAUCAGUCGCGAGAAUGGCUUCCAGCUCUAUCCAGACGAAAUGCUGCAUCGGUUGGCUAUGGAUCGACCUAUCAAACUUAACAGUCCCGACGCAAUUUCCACACCACAUAUGCAUCGUUCGCCCUCAAAAGGAGGCAGUUCGAAGUUGGGAUCUCUCCCACCCCUGCGCCCCCUGGCGGAUCUAUCGGGAGAUAACUCCGAAGAUGAGAAGCCGAUAAUCAAUAGUCGACUGAGUCUUCCCGUUGCAUUCCACCCAUUAAGUGACUCAACACCCAACGGCGGCAUCAGCGGUGGUGAUGAGCUGGAAGAAAGCAUUGACUCUGAUCCAAUAGACACAUCAGUGGUCCUGUCCUGUCUCAACGAACAAUCUCCAAAAGACAUAGAGCGCAUAAUUGAUUUGCCUUAUUCAAAAACGGCUUUGCAAGUUCUUGUACGUGGCUACUGUCCUCCUAGUUACUUUGGUAUUCUCCUUAGAAAGAUGCAAGUAUACACUGCAUACAAAGUAUUCGUUACUCGCCGCAGAGGAAGGCGGUUCUUCUGUUGCUCCGGGUGUAAUUCUGUAUCCCCUCAUGGAAUGGGUGACAUUCGGAAGCACAUUUUGGGUGUUCAUGCCAAAGUUCCAGAACGUUAUAAGGCUGCUGCGAUGCACUGUUCGCGUUUAAGUCGCGAGGAUAAUAGUCUUUUGAACGAUGAAAACCUCCUCCAGCUAGCGAAAAUGAAAUGGAAGGGUACUGUAAUCAAACCUCUCUCGGAAAUUAGUAUGACGGGGAGCUUGCCUAUGAAAUCGGAGUCUUCGGCAUCUGAAACUCAAAUUUCGCGACAUCUUCGUACCUCGGUUAAUAGAUUACCGGAGGAUACUCCAAUGGUGGUGCUCUCCGCAACCCCACAAGCUGCGGGUGAGCUCUUCUCCUGCUCAGCUUGCACAGUAGCCUCUAUGCACUGCGCGGCAAUGCGUUCACAUGUGGCUAGGGCACAUCUGGGCGCACGAGCCUACGAGUGCCCUCAGUGUCCAGAGGCGUUUAGCCUUUCAGCUGAUCUGAUCAGUCACUGCUCCACCGCUCACUUGGACUGCACGCCAGCCGUUCCACCACCCAUUCUACCCGCCUCCUUCCAAGAGGUCAUGUCUUCAGUGAUUGUAAAUCACGAGGAGGAGCCUCUUUCACCUACAGUUGCGGCUGGAAAGGACGCAGUCGCAACUGAAGACGAUGAGAUUGGCAAGCUCUGGACUUGUUCCAAUGGCAACAACAAUAACAAUAACAUCAUUCAGGCGGCGGUCUCUUCGUUCCUCUCUCUUCCUUCCCCUAAACCUCUCCUUCCUGUGGACGUAAAUGGCGUUAUGGUUCCCUCUCCAGCAGUUUUCCCCUCCCCACUUCCCUUGGCCACUGCGCAGUUCGAGGGCAGACCAGUCUCGAACGGAGUUGGAUCCAGCCGAAGGAAGCCUUGUAAAGCCAAUCUCGUCCAGCUAAAGCAACCAAAGACCUUCCUUGAUGAAGAUACUCCGUACCCCUGCUCCUCCGACAGUGGUGAAGCAGUUAGCAACCCCAAGAAAUCUCGAUCGGAUGAUGGUGCGGAGACUGCCGACCUCUAG